CCUGAAGCCACAGCCAGCCGACUCGAACGCGAAAAGCAACCCGAGCAAGCGGCACCGCCUGCGGCUGAACGCCGAGCUGGACACGCUGGCCAGCCUGCUGCCCUAUGAGCAGAACAUCCUCUCCAAGCUGGACCGGCUCUCCAUCCUACGGCUGGCCGUGGCCUACCUGCGCACCAAGAGCUACUUUCAAGUGUCGACGUCGCUGUACAACAAGGAGGACAGCAUGGAGUCCCAGUACCGGCGAGACGGUAUGCUGGGCUACGACUCGGCCCUGGACGGCGAGGCCUUCCUCCAGUCUGACAUCGUGCACCAGUCUGUGUACGAGCUGGUGCACUCCGAGGACCGGGACGAGCUGCAGCGACAGUUCCUGUGGAACGGCUUCCUGCCGGCCGAGCGCGCCAGCAUGACCAUGCAGGAGGUGCUGCAGCCGGAGAACGCCCACCUGCUGGAGCGCAGCUUCACCGUCCGCUUCCGCUGCCUGCUCGACAACACGUCCGGCUUCUUGCGAUUGGACAUCCGCGGCCGGAUCCGGGUGCUGCAGGGUCAGCACCGCAAGUCGGAAGAGCCGGUGCUGGCGCUGUUCGCGCUCUGUACGCCGUUCGGGCCGCCGUCGUUGCUCGACAUGCCGCAGAAGGAGAUGAUGUUCAAGUCCAAGCACAAGCUGGACCUCACCAUGCUCUCCAUCGAUCAGAGGGGCAAGAUGCUGCUCGGCUACUCGGACAGCGAGCUGGUCAACAGGAGCGGCUACGCCAUGGUUCACCACGACGACAUGACCUACGUGGCCAGCGCGCAUCAGGAGC